CCCAAUAUAAAACACCGUCAAAAUGCCUGACAGCACAUAAGUCUCGUUGCUCGUACGAGGCUGUCCACAAGAAGAUAUUCCUAAAAAAUCAAGCAGACAAACAAUGCGCACGACAAACAGAAGCUACACUGUAUUAAUAGCGGCUCGUGCACUUCUCAGUACCAACAAGUAGGAUCUGCAAAUGUUAGAAGACUGAUGUUCGGCGGCGGCUAACGGGCUAAGAAGCUAAGAUCAUUUCAGUCGGAUCGCGUUUGUUUAAUUUACACCUCAAGACACUCGAAGACACAUUUAUCUACAAGAAACUGGUGUGUGCAUCAUUUCGAGGCCGUUAUGAUCCAUCUUUCUCAAACCAUGGACAAGUCAUCUCUGCCAUCUCUGAGUGAUCUGUGCAUGAGUCUGGUGAGCUCAAGGUUGGAGCUCUUCUGCGAGAUGCGGGAUGAUGGAUCUCUAUCCUUCCGCGAGCCCCUGGUCUUCCCACAGGAGCUGGCAGACCAACUGCUCUGCAAGAUGGCCACCGAUGGUGUGUUGAAUGACAGUACGGUGGGAAUCUUCAGGAACUGUCAGCAGUUCCGCUUGCGUCAUGCCUGCAUCCGCACUGCCCGAAUCUCUGCCGAGGCGUUCCACCGUGCCCUCUGCCCACAUCGCCUCGUGGAGCUGGACGCUUCACGGGUCAAUGCUGACCUCACCAUAGCCGAUAUCCUCCGUGGACUCUCCUCUAAUAAAAGCCUUCAGGAAAGCCUGCAGCGGCUGGUUCUGAACGGCCUGACCAUGUCCUCUCUAGAGGAACCCAGCCGCCGCUGCUUCAGUGCCAUGCAGGGUCUGCGGGCGCUCAGCGUCUCCAACGUUGAUUUCUAUGAUUGGGGAUUGGCAGAUGUGUGUUUACUGCCUCGUCUGGAGAGUUUGGACAUAUCCAACACCUCAGUGUCCAACCUGACGCCUCUGCUGGGCUUGAGAAGCAGACUCCGCUACCUCACCAUGCACCAGCUCAAGAGGCUGGAGAUGACCACCGCUCAGCUGCUGGCCGUGCUCAGUCAGCUGGAGGUUUUACAGCAUCUGGAUAUCUCGGAUGAUAAGCAGUUCACAUCAGACGUGGCGCGGCAGCUCUUGGAGACUCCUGGCAUUCUGCCUCAGCUUGUGUCUCUAGAUGUGUCGGGCCGUAAGCAGGUCACUGAUGCAGCCGUCAAGGCUUUCGUGGAGGCCAGACCCGGCAUGACCUUUGUUGGUCUGCUGGCCACUGAUGCCGGAUUCUCUGAGUUCCUGUCUGGAGAAGGAAGCUUAAAGGUGACUGGAGAGGCCAACGAGACCCAGAUCUGCGAGGCGCUGAGGCGAUACAGCGAGAGAGAGGGCUUUGUCAGAGAGGCUCUUUUUCACCUCUUCAGCCUUACUCAUGCCAUUGAGAAACCUAGACCGGACAUCCUGAAGUUGGUGGCGCUGGGCAUGAAGAAUCACCCAACCACGUUAAAUGUGCAGCUGGCAGCCAGUGCUUGUGUGUUUAACCUCACCAAACAGGAGCUGGCCUUCGGUAUCCCAGUGAGACUCUUGGGGAACGUCACACAGCAGCUGCUCGAAGCCAUGAAGACCUUCCCCAACCACCAGCAGCUUCAGAAGAACUGUCUGCUCUCUCUGUGCAGUGAUCGUAUCUUGCAGGAGGUUCCCUUUAACAGGUUUGAAGCUGCCAAGCUAGUCAUGCAGUGGCUGUGUAACCACGAGGAUCAGAACAUGCAGAGGAUGGCAGUGGCAAUAAUCUCCAUCCUCGCUGCCAAGUUGUCCACUGAGCAAACCGCACAGUUGGGAGCCGAGCUUUUUAUCGUCAAGCAACUCCUGCAUAUCGUGCGUCAGAAAACGUGUCAGUCGACGGUGGACGCCACGCUGAAGUUUACCCUCAGUGCCCUGUGGAACCUCACAGACGAGUCUCCGACCACAUGCAGACACUUCAUCGAGAACCAGGGGCUGGAGCUCUUCAUCAAAGUGCUGGAGUCUUUUCCAUCAGAGUCAUCCAUUCAGCAGAAGGUGCUGGGGUUACUGAACAACAUUGCGGAGGUGAGCGAGCUGCACGGCGAGCUGAUGGUUCAGAGUUUUCUGGAUCACAUCCGCACUCUGCUCCACAGUCCAGAGGUGGAGGUCAGUUAUUUCGCAGCAGGGAUCCUGGCCCACCUCACAUCACGAGGAGAGAAGGUCUGGACCCUGGAGCUGACCCUCAGGAACACACUGCUCCAGCAACUGCAUUCAGCCAUUCUGAAGUGGCCCACGCCGGAGUGUGAAAUGGUGGCGUACAGGUCGUUCAACCCCUUCUUCCCUUUACUGGAGUGUUUCCAGACUCCAGGAGUUCAGCUUUGGGCCGCGUGGGCCAUGCAGCACGUCUGCAGCAAAAAUGCUGGCCGCUACUGCAGCAUGUUACUAGAGGAAGGAGGAUUGCAGCACCUCGAGGCCAUCACUUCACAUCCCAAAACGCACAGCGACGUGCGCAGACUCACCGAGAGCAUCCUGGACGGUUUACAACGACACCGAGCACGCACGGGAUACACGGCGAUACCCAAAACACAAGCACACAGAGAAAAAUGCAAUCCAUGACAACGUUCUUUCUGAUCAGUGGCCUCUACAUAAGACGCCUGAAAAAAAAAGAAAAGAUAAAGGAUGCUUUUUGUAUAUGUAUGUGUUCACCCGUGCCCAUCCAUAUAACAAAGACACUCGCUGUGGAUGAGUUACUCUGCAUAUGUUUGCACACCACAGAAUCUCUUAUUUAUUUGACGCCAGUCGUCUCCGUGAGCGGAAAUGUGUAUUUAGACAGGCAGCAGCUCAGAGAGUGUGUGUGUGUGUGUGUGUGUUUAUGUUGGGUGUGUGUAUGCAAGUGCAUUUCAUUGUGUGUUUUAAGCGCAUGCUCAUCAGAAUGCUUCACAUACAUAAUCAGAUUUGGAUGAGAUGUCAUUCAUAUUACAGAUUUCUGUCCUGUUGGGUAUAAUAUGCAAUAAUAUAGAGUACAGAUAUAUGACUAUGGUUCAUCAUAAGUUGGUUUGUGAUGUUGUGUGUGUGUGAUUGAGGGAAAAAAGAUAAACGCUUGCUAUUGCAUUGAAAAGCAUGAGAGCUUUAAGGAUUAAAUCUAUUUUUGUAGGUUGUAUAUAUCGAGUAUAGCAGAUGACUUUGUUUAUGAUGGUGUGUGUGUCGUGUUGCACGCAAAGUAUUACAAUCCAGUCUCAAAAUUGUUACAGUGGACAAGAAUUCUCAACAACCAAUCAAACGUUUGCCUUCAAACAAAGCAGGAACUUCUCAUUUAAAGGACUGUUGCCUCAUGGAGAAAUCAAGCAAUGGAUUGUGAUGGUAAUAAAAGGACAGAUAAAUGGGGAGAUUAAGAACUUUAUGGCAACUCUGGAGUGAGGAUGAUUUGCCAAAAGUCAUUGGAUUUGCCUUCUUGCCAAACGUCCUUGCAAUGAACUUAAGUUUAAGAUUUCAUUUCACACCAAUUGUGUUGUUAAGCAGCAGGUUCUACUUGUCUUGUUUGAAAUUGCAAUUAAAAAAGAGAUUCAAGUU